UUAUUACUUUAAUUUGGAACAAGAGAACAACAGCUUUGAAACAUAAAAAUUGUUUUCUUAUUAAAUUUUAAGUUACAUUAUGGCUCUAAAUAAAAUUGAUGGUGCUACAAACAUUUCGAAACAACUGAAUCGCUGGCGCAACGUAGUAAUUUUUAUGUGCCAGCAAUCAAAGAAUGCCCACGACGUACAUCGGCCGGUGGCAUUGGAGCAAGUGGUCGCAAGCGAAGCAGCCACUAAAAUGCCGGAUAAUUUGAUCUGGUCGAAAAACUCACCUGUCAGCCUGCUUCUGGAGACCGCUCGAACGCCACAGCAUAACAGGACACUCGAGUUGAAGAAAGCAGCUGCACAACUAAGCAGGAGCAAUGAGUCCCUUAAGGCGCACUACAUACAAAAACGGAACGACCGCUCUGCGGAGGAUCUGCUGGCAAAGGAGCUCCUGACCAAGGAGCCGCAGACGGUCCAAAAGCUGGCAAAUUUGAUGUCCCUUAACAUUGCAGUGGUCGAGACGAAACGGCCACGGUCUUCCGGCGCGCCAGUUAGGGGCAUGGAAUCGGAUCACCUAAUCGGCAUUAUCGAUUUCAAGCCUCAAACAAAUCAUAGUGCUCGUUGGCAAUAUAAGAUACCUUCCAAGGAGGCGGAUUUUAAAAAUGCAAAGGAACGUCAAAAGAGCGCUAUGAAAAACGCUCCAACGCUGACUGAGCAGUCAGAGAUAGUUGAACAUUCACAACAAAAAAUUUCUGAUGUUAAAAUUAGGCAAGACACACCCGGUAAAAUCGCCAAGUCCGUGCACACAAUUAAAAAAGGUUCCUCUACGAAUAUUGGAUCGGAAGAUAUUCAGGAUAGGCAAAAGAAUCAGCAAAAGCCGUGUGAGGUACUUCCAGAUCCGAUCACAAAAAAUUUAAAAUGCCAGGCUAAAUGGAAGUUAGGCUCCAGGUCCAUCCCUUGUCUAGACAUUUAACGUUCAGGAUUUUCGAUACUCCACAAGUAACAUUUGGAAAAGACACUUGGGAGUCCCGUUUAUUACAUUUCCAACAUAACAUGUGUUUUUGAGUAUGUUAAAAUUCCAAACUUUUGAAACCAAUUGUCUUAUUGUAUGCUAUUUCAACAAACCAAAUUGAAGUCAAGAAAAUAAGUGUAUAUCUAAAAUUUAAAUAAAAAAUCGGAGCCUAA